AAAGUACCCCGGGAAAUAUGGCAAUAUUUAUUACUGGGACCCAGUACAGUGCCGUUCUAUCCAAUAUUCCUGGGGCUGUUGAAGAGGCUUCUUGUCUGACAGUGUCCAUCACUGAAAUUUUAGUGUACUAAUUGCUCGCUAUAAGCUAGGUGAUUGCGCCCCUAAACCAACUGACAACUCUUACCUCCACGGACAUGACGGAACUCGAACUUUAACAUUUAAACUAAAGAUGCAGUGAGCAACUGAGUAGCGAAUAUCGACUCCAUAACUAUAAAACAUAACAUGGCAAGAAUAGCAAGGGUAACAAGAUUAUUGCUUGUUAGCAAAAUUGUAUCUCCAACAUGUGCUGUCACGAGGCAUGCAGCUCCUUCUGCUAACUUUCAAACGUCUGUAUGGGGCCGACCUAGUUUGAAGGAUAGGUUGAGGGAGAAAGAAAAAGACCAAAAGACACUUCAAAUAAAACAAGAUACUUUCUUUGAUGAACAAAAUAAUAAGCUUCUUGAACAGAACAACAAAAAGGACAAGAAAAUGUUUGAACAAGCCAUUGCAGUGUACCUCAAAAGGGAACGUGCUCGGCGACGUGGGCAUGUGGAAUUCAUUUAUGCUGCUAUGAAAAGAAUGAAAGAGUUUGGCGUUGAGAGAGACAUUCAGACAUAUAAAAAGUUGAUGGAUGUGUUUCCGAAGGCAAAGAUGGUCGCCCAGAAUUCUAUCCAGGUUGAGUUCAUGCAUUAUCCACGACAACAGCAAUGUUGUAUCGACAUGUUACAACAGAUGGAAGAUUAUGGGGUGGUGCCUGAUGAUGAAAUGGGCUACCAAGUAUAUUACACGUUUGGUAAAGACACACAUGCCAUGCGGAAGUACCAGAGAAUGAUGUAUUGGAUGCCUAAGUUCAAGAAUAUCAACCCUUGGCCAAUCCCAAAGUUGCUACCAAAGGACCCAACUGAACUAGCAAAGAUUGCCUUGAAAAGGAUGGCAGUUGAUAUGGAAAAUCAACUUGCUACAUUUUGGUCUGAAACUCUUCUUGAAGCAUUUGAUAAGACAUGGAUAGUAAGUGCUCAGAGUCCAACACAGAGGGGUCUUCUAGCCAAACAUAACUCAGAGAAUCCAAUCUAUGUUGAAGGUGGUUAUCAUGUAUGGACAAGGUACAAGAGUCUGACCUACUUCUGUCUGAGGGCGGAUCCUGAACCUGACCGACUGGCAGAAGCAAAACAGUUUGUAAAGGAGGAAAGAGAAAAAGAUAGUGGCUUUUUUGAUGCAGACAAAUGGAAGAUGUUUUUCGAGGAUGAAGAGCUACCUAACCUAGUGAUGAAAGCGCCCACCGCUCACGAACAGGAGGAUGGUACAUAUCUGGCUAUGUGUAUAACCGGCACUGCUAGUAAAGACUCACUUCAGUCCUGGAUAAAAUUUCUUCAGGCUACGAACCCUAACCUUAUUGAUACACCUGUGGUGUUUAAAAUGCAGACUCCUGAAUCGGGCAUCCGGCCAGUUGAAGAGGACAGCAAGGCUGACACUUCAGUUCAAAUGCCUGGGCAAAACGUUUGAUUAUUCGUUACGUGGUAUAUGGACAGCCCAGUGAAAAUGGGUUCAAUGAUCAUGAACCAUUUGUGAAGCCAUUGUUUGCCAGUGUUUCUGUAUGAAGUGCAGCUCUGUGUGAACAAGGCCUGAGGGUUUUGUUGGGAAUGUUGUCUUUAAUUAAUGAAAAUGUAAAUAUAAUGAA